GUGGAUCUUCUAGGUCUGGAUGACCCGGUCGAGAUACCAAGUAGGGCAACUCAACCACCACCAGGACCAGCGAAGACACCAAAGACGACAGUGCCGACUCGCAAAGCUCCGAUCGCCCGUCCCACCGCAAUACCUCGACAAGAAUCUGCACUUUCAAACGAUGAUGCUUGGGACGACUUCGAGAUCUCCCAGCCUUCGCAAUCAUCACCACAAGCAAAUACACCCGAGCCAACUGCCCAGAUUCGAUUGCCCAAUGACGUCCUGGGCGAUCUUACCGCUCUACCUACGACAACUGGCGUCGCUCCGUCAAACAUCCCACCUCCCUCGGUUCUUCUAACAAUUUUCCCAACUGUCUUGACUUCUCUGGCACACCAGUUCCUGCAACCACUAAGCGCUCUGCCUUCGUCUCAAAAAUCACACUUCCUGAUGACGGCGGCAACAAAGACCUUCCUUGCGUCCUAUGUAACUCUCGCCAAUGUCCUUGGCUACAUUAUUGCUGGCCGCAAAUCCCGCUGGAAGCGUGACAAACACUUGGCUCAGAGCAUGCGCAUCGGACCAGCCAUGUCAGGUCGCAGUGGCGGCAUGAAACUCACUGGUCUUGAUAAAUCUGAAGCUGGGCGCGAAGAUACCGAAGUCCAAGUCGUACUGUCUGUAUGGCGCGAACAAGCAGGCAGACUCAAGACUGCAGUUACAGGUGCCUCGGUGCAUGGAAGCAAGCUUACUGUGCCAGAGUUGGGAGAUGCGCUCCCUGUGCGUGUCGCCAAAGGCUCUGAAGGUGCUAUCACGAGUACACAAGCCUGUGCACUAUGUGGAUUGAAGCGUGAAGAGAGAGUAGCCAAGGUAGAUGUAGCGGUAGAGGACAGCUUUGGCGAGUUUUGGGUGGAAGGCACGAACAUGCACCGUUCUUGUCUGAGAUUCUGGGAGCUGUUCAAGGCCCGCUUGAUGUCGAGAUGA